AUGGACCUCGCAUACGAUCACCUGCAAGACCGAGGAUACGCGAGGAAGGAAGGGGAAGGCGAGGGAGGGUCGAGCGACGACGCGCACCCGACGCAGACGCAGCAGAACCUCAACACCGAGAUCCAGGAUGCGUACAAGGCAUUCACAAACAGCCCAUGGGGCUCCAAGAUCGGAGGCUUCUUCGGGACCGUUGUGAAACAGGGCGAAUCGGUCUACACACAGGCCAGCAAAGAGCUUGCCGAGGUACGCGAAGAGGCCGGGAAAGGAAUCAACGAUCUUCGACAGAACAUCACCCAACAGACCCGAGGUCUCACGCUGCACGACGUUUUGGAGAUUUCGAAGCAGGAGCCGAGCAAUGAAGCCGAGAGCAGCCGGGCGCGUGACGCUGAGAAAGCAACCGGGGAGGCGUCCAGCGCAGGGCAGCCUUCCGAGAGCAUGCUAGAACGACUGCGAUCCGAAGCCGCGAAGCGCCUGAGAGAUCUGCAAAAGGCUGAGGACGCCGCGGACGAGGCCUUGCUUCGCUUUGGAGGCAAUGUACGCGACUUCCUGCGCGAUGCGGUGAGCAUCGCUCCGACGGACGCUAGCAGCCAAGACACUACGGUUCUCUUUGAGAGCAAGGACGCCAAAGGCAAGCGGGUCAUCCACACCUCGCGCUUUGAUGCGCAACUUCAUGUCAUCCAUACUUCGACCGAAGGGUUCACCAAGGCCCCCACUGGGCCCGAGUACGAGGAAUGGGCCAAGGGCUUCGACGUGGAGAAGAAGACAGGAGACAUUGCCAGUGAUCUAGACAAAUACCCUGAUUUGAGGUCGACAAUGGAGAGACUGGUUCCCGACCAGAUCCCGUAUGCCUCCUUCUGGCAGCGCUACUACUUUUUGAGGCACGGGAUCGAGACUGCGGAGACGAGGCGACGAGAUCUAUUGAAAGCUGCCGCCGAGGAGGACGAGGUUGGUUGGGGUGACGACUCGGACGACGAAGAUGAAGAAGAAGACAAGACAGCCAGCAAGAAGCCCGCUUCCGUCCGAUCCUCCUCCACCAUUCAGCCGCCCGCGCCGCCCGCGCCGCCCGCCCAGAGCACUCUCAAGCCCACCGAAUCCCGCAAGUCAAAUGACGAGAAAUCCCAAGCCGACAGCGAGGCGAGCUACGAUGUGGUUGGCGCCGCCUCCGGGAAGACCAGCCGAGCGCCCAACAGCCCCAAGGACACGGCGGCCAAGAAGGCGGAUGAGAGCGACGAUGACGAUUGGGAGUAG